GCUGGCCGCUUUUGUUCUGCAGAAAAGGGGGCUUGUUCUUAGCAGAUCACUCGCCAGCUUUAACCGGGGGUGUGUAGGAUUGACAGUGGAGCGGUGUGGGAUGAACAGAGAGAGGAGCCUGCAGUCCUGUUAUCUAUCCACAGCCUGUUGUACAGCGGGAGUACACACACCUGAGGGCCGCAGAGCAGCGAGGAUCAGCCGGACAGCCCGGACCAACACCCUGCAGCUCCCCCUAAACUUCACCGCGCAGAUCCGCUCUUGCAAGUGCACCCAGCUUUCAGCGCGGUGCCGGAGCCUCUCAUGGACAUUUAUCUGCUGAGGGAUGUGUCCUCUCUGUCAGCACCUCUGACCUUACUGUGGAUUUCGGAGUCUCUGGUCUUGAGAGUUUGAUCGGUAACGAAAGCAGCUGGAGCGUGAAGCUCUGAGAGGACCCUGGUGAGAAUUUACUGGAAGAGCUUUUCACCUCCAUCCAUCAUGCGAGCCAUCCCAUCCGGACUGAGCUACCUAUAUCUACACUUAUUUGCAUUGUGCUACUAUGCUCAGGUAACCAAUCAGUCCCCGCCUAAUUUCACGCAGCAUGUAAGCGAGCAGAGCAAAGUGACGGACCGAGCGAGCCGCCGGCUGAUCCGGAUCUACCAGCUGUACAGCCGCACGAGCGGCAAGCACGUGCAGGUCCUGCCCAACAAGAAGAUCAACGCCAUGGCAGACGAUGGAGACGUGCACGCUAAGCUGGUUGUGGAAACGGACACCUUUGGGAGCCGAGUACGCAUCAAGGGCGCUGAGACGGGCUUUUACAUCUGCAUGAACAAGAGGGGAAAGCUCAUUGGCAAGAACAGUGGGCAGGGCCGGGACUGUAUCUUCACGGAGAUCGUGCUGGAGAACAACUACACUGCCCUGAGGAAUGCGCGCUAUGAGAGCUGGUACAUGGCGUUCACGCGCCGGGGGCGACCACGGAAAGGGUCGCGGACGCGCCAGCACCAGCGCGAGGUGCACUUCAUGAAGCGGCUGCCGAAGGGGGUGCAGCCCGCCCUCACCAGCCACCACCGGCCUUUUGACUUCAUCCACUACCCUUUCAACCAAAGGACUAAACGCACGCGCUACUCGGAGCAUUGAGGGAGCACAGACUGCCCCCACUCUGGCCUCCACGUUUAUACUGAACAUAUCUUUAGCUUCAUGUAGGCUAGUGGUUUUUAUAUUUCUCUCCAAGUCAAGAAAACUGUACAUAAGAACUUGAGAAAUCUAUUUUUGUACUCCAGACGUAGUUUUUAGAUGCACACAGCUACAGGUCUGACUGUGGGGACAUGUUGGAGUUGAUAGUUUGAUUUGCUCUGCCCCCUGGGGUCCGCUGCUCGAGGAAACUUGAAGGCCUGAUGACGCACUGCAGGAGUGCCACGUGCACCCUCUCCAUCUUCUCGCUGAUGGAACAAUGUGGCAGCUACGUUUGAUAAUCACGGGUUUUCUCUUCAGACUGUUAUGUUGAUGUGAAAGGAACCCCAACCCCCCACCGCUGCCCCUCAGCCUCUGUGUUUCUGUUGCCCCCUGAAUGAGUGUUUUAUACAUAUAUAAAUAUAUUUUUA